AUGACAGACAUUGCAGAAUCUAUGAAACAAGAGGCAAACGAAGAAGCAGUAAAUGAUUCUCUUACCCUAAGUGAACUGAAGAAUAUUGUGAAACAGUUUCCCAACAAAACAAAACCUAAAGAAAUUUUGUUCUCUUAUGCCGAUAGUGAUGAUAUAUCCAAUGAAAUAGAUGAAUUCUAUAGUUAUGUCGAAAUCAGCCAAUGCCUUGAUUUUCAAAAAUCUUUUGAAGAAACUUUUGAUGAACCCUGGACAAAAUGCACAAUAUCUGAACAACGCACAUACGUAGAGUAUCUUUUAGAGACGCUUGAAUUAAAAGAUCCUCAACGAAGAUUUUCCUCAGCUCGGAAAAUAUUGUAUAUUGCUCAAGGAACAUUUGGUGAAAUGUCAUCACCCGAGGAACAUCUUCGUUGGAUUAAAGAAAAUAAUAAAUUAUUGAGGAAAAGCGGGGCUUUUUUGUCAUAUUUUCAAGCGCUUAAAUUAGCUUGCCAUGCUCAUGAUUAUUAUAGUCGCCCAGAUCUCAAUAUCGGAACUGGUGAACGGCAGGCUUAUAUUGACGAUACACACGCAGAAAUUGGAUUCUAUCUGACGCUAUUAUAUAUGCUUGUCGAGGUUCACCGUGACGAUGAAACAUUGGGCACAGAAUUAGUCGAGUCCGAUCCACCUAUGGCAGUUUUUCUAUUUGAAAUCAUUGCAUCAUUACGAGAAAAAAAUGCUAAAGGAUAUCCAGUUAAAAAGUUGCUACUUUUGCUUUGGAAAGUUCUUUUAACGAGUCUAGGAGGAAUCAAUGAAAUCAAUAGGUUAAAAGAAAUUGUCAGACAAAUGAAUGGACUGGCUCCUUUUCGCGACCGAGGUAUCAUGACAAAAUCCACACCACUUGACUAUCACACCUUCCACAAUGAAGUCACCCAAAAGUUUCCUACAUACACACCGCCACCUUGUCCCGACAUUAUUCCCAAACCAUUUAAUGUACUUUUUUCUAAUAAUGGAAGCGAAUCUUCUAAUCACAUGACCAACAAUCCUAAUGGGAAUUACAAUAAUAAUAACAAUUCUACUCCAAAAUCACGUAAACAACAAUUUCAAACGAAUCAACGGCAACCAUUUAUUUUUCCUUUCUCUGCAUCAACUCCCAAAGUGCCAAAAGCAAUUCAAGAAGCAGGUGAUCUAUACGUGAAAUUCAUGUACACCAGCUUGGGCAGUUUACAAUGUCUGGUUGAACGAGAAGAAAUGAAACGACAACAAAAUAAUAGUGCUAUGACGAAUGGAAUAAUAGAUAAAAGUUCAAUGAUCAAUGGAGAGAAAUUAAUCGAAGAUGGGAAUAAACGCGAGGCAUUGCACAUUGAUGAAAGAGAUCAAGAAAAAUUGGAGAGAAUUGAAAUGUCAAUAUUACCUCAUAUGCAAAAUAUUGUCAUAGUUCUUUUGAAGCUUUUACUUGCUACAGUAUCAUCAAAUAAUAACUCUAAUUCUUCGAAAUCAACUGAAAAUGGUGAAAAUAAAGCAAGUUCUUCGAACGGCGGUAUGGAAUUUGAUGAAGGAAGUGCUGCUGCCUCGAAUUCGACCAAUAACAACACUGUCGAAGAAGUAGAUAUAAUGCGGCAUCGUGAAAUAACUUCAAAAGCAGUUUCGGCAAUUUUAAUAUUAAUGCUUAAACAUUUUAAACUUUCUCAUGCGUUGAAAUUUGAAUAUCUCUCACAACUUUUAGUCGAUUCCAAUUGCUUGCUUCUCAUACUGAAGAUGUUCGGUCUACAAGAUGUUGCAUUAGCCAUAAAAGCAAACAAUGAAGUCGCAGAUUUAAAUUUCUUCCAAUUUUGCGCUGUAAACGCCCGAAAGGAAAAUGUCUCGAACAAACUUAAAGAACCUGAAAUCAUUGAAAAAACUAAAUCAAGUUUGACUGAGCAAGAAAAUAACGAAUCUUCCACUAAAGCUCAAGAUGAUGAAACGGACUUUUGUUGGCGUAAUUUUUUUGCCGCGAUUAAUUUCUUGAAAAUAUUGCAGAAAUUGACAAAGAAAAAAACGCAUAGAAUUUCAUUGCUAGUGCAGUAUAAGUCUUCUGCAAUUUUGAAACGCAUACUAAAAGUGCCGCAUCCUCUACUGGAGCUAUAUGCAUUAAAAGUAUUAAAGAAUCAAAUACCAUUCGUGGGAAGAAAAUGGCGCCAAAGCAAUAUGAAGGUUAUUACAUCGAUUUACCUAAAAUGUCGACCAGAUUUGAGGGAUGAGUGGAUAUCUUCAGCUGACGCUGAUGCAGAAUUGGAAGAUGCCUUGGCAAAACAAGCUCUUCGAGAAUUAAUUAAAUUCUACAACACACGUCAUUACCUUUCGCAAAAUGGAGAAAAGUUAUCAAAUGAAUCAUCUAAUCACCACGACGAUAAAGAUUAUUUUCCGGAUAUAUUUCCACCAAACCACACACAACCAUUUAAACCGUUUAACGCAGCAUACAUAGCAGACGAUAUAAUGCUCGACGACGGCUUCUUAUCCAACUGGGAGCAAUGGCUUCACGACGAAGUCUAUAGUUUUUCUACGACAACACCCCAUCUUCGAGGUGUCAACGAAUAUUACCAGGAUGACAUGUUCACGUUUUAUGGCGAUGGCUCUGAAUGGGAUGCGCCUUUAUCUCCCGCAGAUGAUGAAAAUAAAAAAGAUCCAUUUACUAGUGUUUCAUGGGAUAAUCUUACUCCUAACGAAUAUAUAAAUUACCAGGAAAAAUUUAAAAAUAGUGGGUUCAAAUUAACCUACGACGAAGAUGAUAUAUUACAGGCGCCUGAUUUUUCUGAUGAUCAUUUACCAUUUGAAACUAAUUAUCAAUGGCCAGAUGAAAUGUUGGGUCCAUAUGCUGCAAAAGAAAUUAUUAUUUAUGAUCCGAAAUCAUCUGAAGAAAAUCCUCAGGAGACAUAG